CCUUGACUGGGAACGUUGUCGUCAAAACCUCCUCCACCACCUCCUCCUCCACCACCUCCUCCACCUCCUCCACCACCUCCUCCACCACCUCCUCCACCUCUUCCUCCUCUAGAUCCACCUCCUCUAGAUCCUCCUUAUCUGGGAGUACGUCAGUCUGGGUCUAGGCUGGGUCAGUGGGGUGGGUGAGUAGGCGUCUUCUGUGUGAGUAGAGGGUGGACAGGGUGAGGGUGAGUAGAGGGUGAGUCUGGGUCAGUGGGGUGGGUGAGUAGGCGUCUGUGUGAGUAGAGGGUGGACAGGGUGAGGGUGAGUAGAGGGUGAGUCUGGGUCAGUGGGGUGGGUGAGUAGGCGUCUGUGUGAGUAGAGGGUGGACAGGGUGAGUCUGGGUCAGGGUGAGUCUGGGUCAGGGUGAGUCUGGGUCAGGGUGAGUAGAGGGUGAGUCUGGGUCAGGGUGAGUCUGGGUCAGGGUGAGUAGAGGGUGAGUCUGGGUCAGGGUGAGUCUGGGUCUAGGAGAGUCUGAGUCAGGGUGAGUAGAGGGUGAGUCUGGGUCAGGGUGAGUCUGGGUCAGGGUGAGUCUUGGUGAGUAGAGGGUGAGUCUGGGUCAGGGUGAGUCUGAGUCUUGGUGAGUAGAGGGUGAGUCUGGGUCAGGGUGAGUAGAGGGUGAGUAGAGGGUGAGUCUGGGUCAGGGUGAGUCAGGGUGAGUCUUGGUGAGUAGAGGGUGAGUCUGGGUCAGGGUGAGUCUGAGUCUUGGUGAGUAGAGGGUGAGUCUGGGUGAGUAGAGGGUGAGUCUGAGUCUGGGUGAGUAGAGGGUGAGUCUGGGUCGCAAUGUCUCUGCUGUGCUACAAUCGCGGCUGCGGGCAACGCUUUGACGCGGACUCAAACGACGAUGGUUGCUGCGUCCACCACCCGGGGGUCCCGGUGUUCCACGACGCUCUCAAGGGCUGGUCUUGCUGCAAGCGGAGAACCACCGACUUCUCCGACUUCCUCGGCAUCCCGGGCUGCACCAGCGGGCGUCACAGCGACGUGAAGCCGCCCGAAGCCGUGAGACCCGAAGUUCGCAGCGACAAGGAGCGGGAGGCCGGGGAAGCUGGCACGGAGCGGGGAGACGCCGGGCCCACCACCAUCCACACGGCCCCUCCCAAACCCAUCGAGAGAGUGGAGAGGCCCAGCCCGGACGAGCCGAUGGUGGAGCUGCCGAUGACGGUGGCGACGUCGCUGAGACGGGCGCUGGAGAAGGUGACGAUCGGGGCCAAGGAGACGCAGAAGGUGGAGGAGGUUCAGGAUGGCAUGGUGCAGCUUGGCACGCUGUGCAAAAACAGCGGCUGCUCAAAGUCGUACCAGGGCCCGGAGAGCGACAGGGAGGAGUGCGUCCACCACCCGGGCGGCCCCGUCUUCCACGAGGGGGUCAAGUUCUGGUCGUGUUGCCGCCGCAAGACGAGCGACUUCAACAGCUUCUUGUCGCAGCCUGGCUGCCAGCGCUCCACCACGCACGUCUGGGUCAAGGCAGAGUGCCGCAAGGCGGUGCCGUGCCGCUACGACUGGCAUCAGACGGCGACGCACGUGGUGGUGACCGUCUACGCACGACACGCCAACCCCCUCGCCACGCGCACCCUCGCCAACCACACACACCUGACUGUGAGGGUGGAGUAUGAGGGGGACAAGGAGUUCAACCUGGACGUCGAACUCUUUGGGGUGAGAGGUCACAGAGAGGUCACAGCUCACAGAGGUCGCAUAGAGGUCGCAGCGGUCACAGCUCACAGAGGUCACAGAGGAGAUGACAGAGGUCACAGAGGUGAUCGACCCUGCGAGCAGCUCUGUUGCGAUGGCUCCGUCCAAGGUGGAGGUGACGCUGACCAAGAGCCCCCCACGACCUCGCUGGGCCUCACUGGCUCAGCAGCCCCCCAAACGGACACACGCUGACGACGAUGAUGAUGAUGACGAUGACGAAUAGGGGGGACGGUACUGAGAGGGGGGUCAGUGACACACUGGG